AUGCGCAGCAAGUUCAAGGACGAACACCCUUUCGAGAAGCGCAAGGCCGAGGCCGAGCGCAUCCGUCAGAAGUACGCGGACCGCAUUCCCUCAAGAGAAAACUACUUGGUAUUUUCUGUCAACGCUUCAGGUGUCAUCGAUGGACCAGGCGUCAUCUGUGAAAAGGUCGAGAAGAGCGACAUCGCCACCAUCGAUAAGAAGAAGUAUCUUGUGCCUUCGGACCUCACCGUCGGACAGUUUGUCUAUGUCAUCCGCAAGCGCAUCAAGUUGUCUCCCGAGAAGGCCAUCUUCAUAUUCGUGGACGAAGUUCUCCCUCCUACGGCAGCUCUCAUGAGCAGCAUCUACGAGGAGCACAAGGACGAGGACGGCUUCCUCUACAUCACCUACUCUGGUGAGAACACGUUUGGCAGCGCUUGA